AGGUGAUAAUCUGAUAAUAUUGUACUCGCCUAUAAUUAUACCUUACGUUGGCGUGCGCCCGUUGAUAUAAUUUCAGUUUCAAAAGCAUUUGUUGUCACGCGCGAGUAUAUUUUGUUAACAUAAAAAAAAAUGUUUCUGUUCAAUCUUAUACUGCUGCUGGCGGCAGGAAAUAUUGCAGCGGCAGUGGUAUUUGAGGAUUGUGGAUCAGCGUACGAAUUGGAUGAAGUUAACAUAGAUGGGUGCGGCAUGAGGCUGCCCUGCGUAGUCACCUUGGGUGAGAAUGUUCCUGUCAACGUGAAGUUUUAUGCUGGCUUCUCAUCAACGCAACUCGACCAGGAUGUGGUGAUCAAUAUCAACUUAAUAAACUUAAAAACAAAUGUUACUCCAGAGCCCUGUGUAACUGUACAUUGUCCAGUCCAGACCAACGCGGUCACUUCUUUUACCAGCGUUAUGACUGUGCCCACCAAUAUGGCCCUGAAUCAACGGGGCUAUUUGCGUUGGCGAGUAUACAAUGAACAAGGCAGACAAGUGCUGUGCUACGCCGUGAUGGUUCAAACUCAGAGUCCACUGCAGAAGAUUCUUCGUCAAGCGAUGGCCCGCGUCCAGGACACACCGAGCCACUCCCUCAAUUUGAGCAACGUCAAUGCUACUGAGCUAUCAUACAUAGAGAAGAUCGUGAACGGUCACUAUCAGACGAAUAGCAGAUAAUUCGACUGUUGUGUAUAUAAAUAUAGCUGUUGAAAAUAGAAGGCAAAGUGAUAAUGAAAAGAUAAUGACAGACGUAAUAAAACUGUGAUUUACUGAUAA